GUUUUAGAAAAUCAUUUUUGAACUGACCAGAAUUUGGUAUUUUAAAAUUUGUUGAAAUUUGUAUUACAAAAUCUGCUGAAUUGAACCGGUGCUAACUCUUUGGCGCUACAGAAUGGCGUUCUCAACGCAAAAAAGAUUUUUCUAUGUACCGUUUAUGACCGAGAAGUGCCGCUUUGGUUGCGUGAACCCUUGUGUAAAACUGAAAAGUUAUGCAUCAACAAUUGAUAAGCGUUCGUGGUCAGCGAGUGAUACCAAAAACUCUCGAUUUCUGGUUGAUCUAGUCGGUUGUCAUACAUCGGUAGUCGUGCGCCGUGAGCAGAAACGCAGCAAAUCUCCCGGAAAAGGUAAAGGUCGGGGUAGUUCUGGGGGCGUGGCACAAAAUGCGGAACACAACAAGGCUAGAAAAAGUCCUAGCCGCUACGGGGACUCAGGAGGCCAAGGACAAAGCUCAGGUCGUCGGGCACGUUCUGAGCCAGAUAGUAGGCAUGCAUCUGGCCCCAGCCUGUUAAAGGGACGGAGUGGUUAUGGAGGUCCAGUACCGGGUCAGAGACGACGUGGUCAGCCUGGCAGACGAUUUUCAGGACCCAAUCAGGGUUAUGGAAAUCCGGUUCAACGCCAAAGAAGUUUUCGUGGUACAAAUCUAGAGAAUCAGGGACGUGGCGGGCGAGGUUCAAUCGCACACCAGGCCUGGGCAACGGCAAAUCCUGGGGAGAGAAGUGAAGAAGGGGCAAGACAGGAGCAGGGUGGCUAUGAAUGGUCCAGUCAGCAUGGAAAAGGCUCUGCUGCUCCUGAGCAGAGUGGUGAUCAGUAUGGCUUUGGAGCUCCGGCCCAAAUGUGCAAUUAUGAUUGCCCAGAUCAGGAACGAAAUUAUUCUGAAGGCCAUGAAAACUUCUAUAGUCUAGGAACAGAUCAGGGCCAAGGACAUGGUGGCAAUGUAGAUCCAGGUUAUGGGAGAAAUUAUAAUUACGGGGAUCAAGGAUCCGAGCAGUACCAAGUACAGAACAAUAAUGAAGCUCCAAAUCAGGAGAGUCCGGAACCGGUCGACCGAGUUCAGUAUACAAAUGGUUACGAAUAUUCUAAUCAGCAGGAUGAGGGCAACUACCCUAAUUGGCACCCGGACGUACAUGAGUUAGGUCAAGCUCAAGUGCGUUACAGUUAUGAGAAUAUGGGAAGAUGGAGAGAAACUGAAGGAGGACUAGAACAGGGGGAGGGCUGGAUCAACAACGAGGGCACGGAACAGCAGGAUCAAUGGCAUGAUGAUCAGGGUGGAGAAGAACUAGGCCAAAGUUCCGUCAACUACAGAACUGGAAAUCAAAGAAGUAUGUAUGACUCAUCUCAUUAUCAUGACGUAAAUUAGACAGGAGUAAUUAGCAAGCUUUUAUCAAACAAUAUAUUUUUUCAAAAUUAAGAGUAGCACAUGUGA